GAGUGGAGAUGUGACGGGGUAACGUAGAAAGUGAGAGACCCGGAGGAAAGUUUGGAAGGAAGGGGGAGAUAGGGCAGUGGAGCUGCACGGAUGCUAGAGGGUUUGGGGGUUUCCCUUUCCCCUGUGGAAAGGCAGCAGAGUUAAGCAGUAUCAGUUGCAGCCAAUUUUAAUUGCCAGGCGCUUAGCUUUUAAUAGGGUGGGAAGAGCAGAAAGGAAUGGUCAUGUGGGUUUGGAGAAUUGGGGUUGAAUGAGGGUUCAACCGGAUUUGCUUUCCAAAACACUCUCUUGCUUACUGCUUCCUUGUUUUUCAUGAUUACAAAUAGGGAGAUUAGUAAAGCACUUUCCUAGGUUUGUGUGUGUGUGUUUCAAUUAGCAUUACAAGAAUGGGGAAAGAGACUUUUCUGGAGCCUUGUAUACCAAGGUGGAGGCUCUGGAAGCCUGAGGAGAAAAUAGAAGAGACAGACUGGCAUUUAGGUAAUCAGGCCAGUAAAUAUGCUUACCUUUACAGACCCUUCGUUUGCUCCUCAAGUUCUAGGAGGGGAGAGGGUGUCCAUGUGCAUAUUUAGAAAAAAAAAAAAAAAACCGUUUCCUACCGGAGUGUAGAAGUGAGUGGAUGCUGCCUCAGUAGUCAUUUUGUUCUCAUUGUGUGCUGAGGGAAAGAGGUGAAGCUCGAGUUUGAUUCUGGCCUGGAAGAGCCCUGGGAAGUUAAGUUUCUUGCAAAGAUCACUGGAGAUUGCAGCUGCUGAGCAGAGAUUCUGGAAAGCACUCUGUUUCUGAGCCCCUAGCAUGGCGAGCCUAAAGAGGCGGGCAAGCCAGGUGUGGCCGGAAGAGCGUGGUGAGCAGGAACACGGGCUCUACAGCCUGCACCGCAUGUUUGACAUCGUGGGCACCCACCUAACACACAGAGACGUCCGCGUGCUUUCCUUCCUUUUUGUUGAUGUUAUUGAUGACCAUGAACGUGGACUCAUCCGAAAUGGACGUGACUUCUUACUGGCACUGGAGCGUCAGGGCCGCUGUGACGAGAGUAACUUCCGCCAGGUGCUGCAGCUGCUGCGUAUCAUCACGCGCCAUGACUUGCUGCCCUACGUCACUCUCAAGAAGAGACGGGCUGUGUGCCCUGAUCUUGUGGACAAGUAUCUGGAGGAGACAUCAGUUCGCUAUGUGACCCCCAGAGCCCUCAGUGAUCCAGAGCCGAGGCCUCCCCAGCCCUCUAAAACAGUGCCUCCCCACUAUCCGGUGGUGUGCUGCCCCACUUCGGGUUCUCAAAUGUGUAGUAAGCGACCAGCCCGAGGGAGAACCACACUUGGGAGUCAGCGAAAACGCCGGAAGUCAGUGACACCAGACCCGAAGGAAAAGCAGACAUGUGACAUCAGGCUUCGAGUUCGGGCGGAAUACUGCCAGCACGAGACUGCUCUGCAAGGCAAUGUCUUCUCCAAUAAGCAGGACCCACUUGAGCGCCAGUUUGAGCGCUUUAACCAGGCCAACACUAUCCUCAAGUCCCGGGACCUGGGCUCCAUCAUCUGUGACAUCAAGUUCUCUGAGCUCACCUACCUCGACGCAUUCUGGCGAGACUACAUUAAUGGGUCAUUAUUAGAGGCACUGAAAGGCGUCUUCAUCACAGACUCUCUCAAGCAAGCUGUGGGCCAUGAAGCCAUCAAGCUGCUGGUGAACGUGGAUGAGGAGGACUAUGAGCUGGGCCGACAGAAACUCCUGAGGAACUUGAUGCUGCAAGCAUUGCCCUGACCUCCCCCUUCUCAACUUUCUGGGGACUGUUUGUUCUGUUACCUCUGGAGCUGACAUACUGUUCUGGGGUUUGUUCUCUACCCUUUCCAACCAAUCACACCGCCUUUUUUUUUUUUUUUUUUAAAGGAAAAGACAAAGGAAGGUGGAAGUGGUGUCCCUGCCCUCCCUGCACCCAUGUGCCUGGGCUUCCCCAUUUCCUGUUGCCACUUACCCUAAUGUGUGUCUUCAGCCACCUUACCACUGAGCCGUAAGACAAGUGUAUAGGGACAGAGUCUCUGGAACAUAGCCUUUGUAAGGGAUUGAACACUGCUUCCAGGUGCAUUGAGGGGUAAUCAAUACUUAUGGCUUUAUGAGGGCUCUUAAAUUUUGUCUGAAAAACCAAAGGGCUGUGAGUAAAGGAGCUUGUGGAAGGUGGGACUCUGAAGUGUAUUUUGGAAAUUAAUUACCACCUUCUUCCAAAUUAUAGAAUUUUUAAAAAACAAAUAAGCUGUGGCCCUUUGCACUCUCUCCUGCCUCAGGUGCUGCUCCUCUGCCUUCCCUUCAUUCCAUAGCUUGAAACUGCUGCCUGGUAUGGUAUGGAUCCCUCCUUUUCCCCUUGUCAGAUCUUCAGCAGACUUCAGAGGAUUGGGCCAGCCUAAUUACCCUCCCAACUAUGCUGUGUAGUGAACACCAAUACACGGAUGGGUGGAGUAGAGGUUGCUAGUUAGUGCACACUUUCUCUGAAGAGGAGGGGCUGGGGGUGUGACAUUUUCCUUCCCUCUUCCAGUGAAAAUAAAUUCUUACCCCACCCCAAGGGGUAGGAAUUUUCCCUUUGCUUCCUUCUGGCUUGAGAGAAAGUGGGGUAUUUAGUAUCAGCUCCUCCUGUUCCUCUAUCCUCCCUUCUCCCACACUGGAGAACAGGGCCGGUACACACACUAAGCAUCGCACUUUCUUAGGUACGGAGGCAUGUUUGAGCCAGGAAGCUUACAAGAGAAGCCUACUCAAUCAAGCAGGUACAAUUCCACCUCCCCAUCCAGCCCCCAAGAGAGAUGUCCAGACAUUAUGAUUAUUAUAUAUUUUUUUCAAUGCCAGUGCUGCUCAGCCCUCAGCAUAACUUCAGUUUUCAUGAAAUAAACAGUGACUAUAUGAAAUUCCA